CAGCGGGCGGCCUGCAUGGAGCCGGCCCCGCGCCGCCGCCCCGCCGGCCAGCCCGGUUGCCCGCGGCGCUGCCGCGGGCGGCGGUGGGCGCUGGCGGCCGGUGUGCUGGGCGCCGCCGCCGCCCUCGCCCUGUACGCCCGCCUGCCGGAGCCGGGGCCGCCGCAGGCGGCGAGGGGAGCGCAGGCCGGCGGCGAGGUGACCGUGCUGCUGUGGUGGGAGCCCUUCGGCCGCCCGCGGCGCAUGGCCGACUGCCACCGGCGCUACAACAUCACGGGCUGCCGGCUCAGCGCCGACCGCAGCAGCUACGGCGAGGCGCAGGCGGUGCUCUUCCACCACCGCGACCUGGCGCUGCACGGGGCAGAGGGGCUCCCCCGAGGGCCCCCGCCGCGGCCGCCGCGGCAGCUCUGGGUGUGGAUGAACUUCGAGUCGCCGUCGCACUCGCCCGGCCUGCGAGGACUGGCCGGUCUCUUCAACUGGACCAUGUCCUACCGGCGGGACUCGGAUGUAUUCGUGCCCUAUGGGUACCUCUACACCCCGCCCGCGCCCCGGCCCUUCGUCCUGCCCCGCAAGACGCGGCUGGUGGCCUGGGUCAUUAGCAACUGGAACGAGGAGCACGCCCGCGUGCGCUACUACCGCCAGCUGAAGGAGUACCUCGCCAUUGAUGUAUAUGGGGCAAGGGGGCUGACGCUGUCCGAGGGCGGCGUGGUGGAGACCGUCUCAGCCUACAAGUUCUACCUGGCCUUCGAGAACUCCCAGCACACCGACUACAUCACUGAGAAGCUCUGGAGAAACGCCUUUGCCGCCAGCGCCGUGCCCGUCGUCCUCGGACCCCGCAGGGCUAACUACGAGCGCUUCAUCCCCCGCGACUCCUUCAUCCACGUCGAUGACUUCCCCAGCCCCCGGCUGCUGGCCACCUACCUGAAGUUCCUUGAUAAAAACAAGCCCAACUACAGGAAGUAUUUUGCCUGGAGGAAGAAGUACGAAGUCCACGUCACCUCCUUCUGGGAUGAGCAUCUCUGCAAGGUUUGCAAGGCCGUGAAGACAGCCGGGAAUCAAAUCAAGACUGUACGAAACCUGGCCAGCUGGUUUGAAAGCUGACGUUCCUGGAGGAUGAGGUUUGCCUGGGCAGCCUGUGCCGGCAGUGGGCUGCACCAAGGCGUAGGGAAGGAUGGUUCUCAGAGAUCGUUAACUGAGGUAGUGCACAGAAGUUGUCAUCAGCAAGAGAAGCUACAGGUAAACAAGCUGUGAAAAGCCUGCAAAAGGAAGAUCUUUAUUAAAGUGCAAAAUUAUGGAAGGACAAAGAAACAUCGGGCAAGAUGAUUCUUCAAGAGCAAAGCUGAAUCUCCAGAGGUAGUACAGAUCUGAAGCCUUUACAUUUGUGCGCAGCUUGACGUAACUGACUGAUGCCAAAUUCUUCAGCUGUACAUCUGCAACCAAUUUCGUCGGCUGUGACAGCUUCCUGGACCAUUUCUUCUGCUUACAGAGGAUACGUGAUCAGCGCUGGCCUUCUGUAUUCCAAGGACAAAAGUGAAUAUUUUUAACCAGUGAUGCACGUUAUGCACGUGAAAGCUGUUUGCAGACAAAUUCUGAGCCACAAGUGUUGAAUGUAAGAAUGUAAUGAUACAGUAGCACUUUUAAGCAAUGUUUGAAAUUGCAGCAGCCAACUAAUAAUGCUUUGAGCCAAAUAAUAAUUCCAUUUAGGAAAAAGUGCAUGGGGAGGGUGGAUCCGAGUGGAACAAACAGCUCAGAUGAUGUAGAGUGUUUCUUCCACUGCCUACCCAAAACAUGGUCACAUUUAUCCUGUAUGAAGGUGGAGAAGAACCUUAAGUACAGGAAAUGAUAGACUAUAGAAAGAGUCGGAACAUUUCCAACCAUUCCUUUAUUCAGGAAUUAGAAAAUGUUUACAGGAAUCUGCAUUUUUCCCUGCAAAAUUACUGCCAUAUAGGAAAAAGCAGGGAAAGGCUCAGAACCAUGGGAGUUUUAGUACUAUACUGAGUAUGUGUACAGAAAGGCUAACUCAUUUCUCCAGUAUCAGUAGACAGUCCUGGUGUGUUGCGAGUGUUUUGGUUGAUGGCACGCAUUUGUAGCAAUUCUGCCAGGUGACAGACUACUCAGAGCGCUUCUUUGCUGUUUGUACAAUAAUAGUUACCAAACCCUCCCCAAAAUCCUCCAGUCCCAAAUCACUGCCUUUUGAAAAGAAAAUUACUGUAGAGAAUAAUAUCUAGACUGUUGGUAUAAUACAGAUUGUGUGAGGAAAGAGUAUCCAAAGGGAACGAUUCACUACUUGUUUUCCUUUGGUUUUGAGUUUUUUUUUCUGGCUCAGUUUUUUUAAUUAAUAAAUAGGUUCCUUAGGCAAAACUUCCUUCUGUCAAUACCUACAGGGAACAUUGAUGGUGAUUAUUCCCUUUCAGACUCUGACAUUUUGCUGGAGUCUUCCUGGUAGUAGGUGUAUGGUUACUUUUUGGUUAUAUAUAAUCUUGCUUGAUGACAUCCAGAGAGAAACUUCAGUUGCGAUUACAGUUCCUCAGGAAGCUUAGCCUUCCCUGCCCAUCGCAAUUGUAAUGUUUGGUGACAAAAAAUGAUAGCCCACAAAAGUCCUGCACAAAGGACUAUGGGAUUUGUCCAGCUCCUAUUUAAGGAGCUGGAUAACCCAUGGAGUUAUCCAGAGACUUCACUCAGAGUAAAAUCAUGGGCACAGAACAGGUGGGAAAAGAAGGUUGGUUACAAGCACAAGGUGUGCAUCAGAACAGGUGAGUUUACUGGCAUUUGUGAGUCAUAUUUAAGUUAGAACAGGAUUACAUUUGCCUUAAGCAGUAAGAGAUGUUGGAUAGGUGCUUUUAUGAGAUAGCAGCUUACUGUAAUUCAUUUUAAAUUAGAUGUUCCCCUUGAGUAGGUAAGCAUGGAACCAAGGAUUACUGAAAAGAAAAAAAACCCCAAACCUAUCAAAGCCUCAAGCCCCCUAAUAAUAAUGAAGUUCAUUAAUAAUUUGCACAGAUUUACCAGAUCAGAUCUCGCUGGCUUCUAUGCUUAUUCCAUCUGCCUUUGCUGAAGGAAGGAUGGCUGAAAGUACUUUGUGAACCUUUCUGUUGUUAAUGGCAGAUUCACUGUAGAAAUUUGAUUGGGAUAGAAGUAAGACAGCAUGAUGUGGAGUGUAGCAGGGAUGGUCCCUGGUGCUGCAUUUUCACUUGAACAGGUCUUAAGUGAUUAAAGCAAAAGCAUAUUCUUCAUUGCAUGCUCAUCUGUUUCUCUAACAAUGGUUACUACUCCCAUAAGAUUGGUUCUGAUAAUAUAAAAAGUGUGAUUUAAGUGUAGCGUCAACAGUAAUAGCUGAGUGUUGGGAUCAGAGAAUCUGUCUGCGUUUGAUUUACCCUGUUAUACUGUUCAGUUUUUAUCACAGUUUAUAGAAUUAUAGAAUGGUUUGGGUUGGAAAGGACCUUGAAAUCAUCCAGUUCCACACCCCUGCCAUGGGCAGUUCACAUAAAUGUAUACAAAACCCAGGUUUUAAAAGUGAGCUGAUACUGAAGAUCACACUACUUUGCACCAGUCUGCUGAAACUAGUGCAUUUUUUCCAGUCCUCCUAAAUCUUUAAGCAUUUUCUGAAAGUUUCCAGGCACACAGUUCUGUGUAAUCAUUAGUAAUGCCUCAGGCAGGAGAGCGAGCUCCAGGAGCAUGGGAAUUUCCAGAGAUCACAACCCAUGCUUUUUUCCUCCUCCUAAGAAAAACAUUUGAAAUCUUUGAUGAACUCGAGGUUUGUAACAUUCAGAAAAGACCUAUGCAAUAAUUAAAGCAUCGUGUUUGAAUAAGGUGAUCUCAACUGUGCUGUAUUUGUAUGUGCUGCAUUGAGUAAUUUCAGGAAUUGUAUAAUGAAGACUGCAGUCCUGUAAUAAUUAUUGCAGAGCACUUGUGCUGGGAGAGAAGAAACCUCUUGUUUCAUCAGCCUUGUGUGACCGUUGCACAUUUUUCCCUUUAGACUGGGGAGAAAAUUCAGCCCUUGCAGCUUCUUAUAAGUCAGUAAUACAGCAUCUCUAUAAAUCUACUUUGGUUUCUGGCUCACCCACUCCACUGGCUAAUAGUGUACUCAUAAACUAAGGGCUGGCUUUUGUCAUUUACUUUAUAUUGCUCAAGUACAGUGAUGAAUAAAAAGUUUGCCUGAGCAAAUUGGAUUGUAGAUAAGGUACCAGUCUCCACAAGGUAUUGAAGGUGAUAUAUAUAAUCCGUCUGUAAAAAUUAAGUAAAGGGAUUUUAUGUUUUAAGUAAAAAAACCAUUUUGAAUACAUUUUUAAAAAGUGGGUGUUUUUCCAUGCCUUAAAGUAUUGUGGUGGAGGGAGAGAAAGGAAGAUGAUCACCUUCUGGUUUUUAUAAGGUGAAGAAAUGGUAUUCCUUUUUGAUUGUGGUGGAAGUGGAAUAGAGAAGCACAUGAUCCUUUAAGUUACAUGUUGUAUCUCAGGGAAUUUUAUACUGUAAUGUCUCUUAAUCUUCAUAGAAUGAAGUAACUUUGUAUUAAUUAUUCAGUUUGACACUCAAUAAAAUUCAAGGA